AUGGCGGACAUAGACAACGAAAAUAGUAAACAAAGCGAAUCUGAUAUAGAUUAUGACUUGAAAGUUGUUGAUGAAAGGUUUUAUGGCGAUGCCAAAAGUUACUGGGAAAAGAUCUCGCCCACGGUGGAUGGAAUGUUGGGUGGUUUUGCUAAAAUAUCGCCAACAGACAUAAACGGAUCCAGGGCAUUUUUGCGGCAAUUUAUGAAGAUUUCUGGUGGUAAGGUUGACAAUAAAAGAGCCCUGGAUUGUGGGGCAGGAAUAGGUCGAAUAACUAAAAGACUUCUGCUACCUAUGUUCGAAACAGUUGAUAUGGUAGAACUAAAUCAACAUUUUUUAAAGGAAGCAAGGACGUUUAUAGGUGAUGAUUCUAAACGUGUUGAAAACUUAUUCUGUAGUGGUUUACAAGAUUUUACACCUGAUAGGGGACAGUAUGAUGUCAUUUGGUGUCAGUGGGUUCUAGGACAUUUAAAAGAUCAACAUUUAAAAGAAUUUUUUCAGCGUUGUAAAUUAGGGUUGAAGCCUGGAGGAAUUAUUGUUGUCAAAGAAAAUUCAUCAACGUCAGAAGAAGAAAGGGAUUUUGAUUCAAGUGACAGCAGUUUCACACGACCGAAACACGAACUUAAAGAAAUUAUGGCUAAAGCUGGACUUACUGUUUUAAAAGAAGAAAAACAAAAAGGUUUUCCUAAAGGAGUUUAUGAUGUUUUUAUGUUUGCUCUACAAUAAUGUUUUAAGGGAAAGAGGUUAAGUGGUCUAAUUUUUUUACU